AAUAUCAACCGGACACGUGCUAACUGCGUAGACUUGUCCAGCAAAAACCGUUGACUCGCCUUAUCUACGACUCAAUCAAACCACCUUACUCUUCCUUCUCCGUCACUAUCAAUCAACGAAGGAUCAUCUCUGACGCUCUCUUUCUCUAUCUCCCUCUCUCUCUCUCUCAAUCUCACGCUAAUCCAAAACAGUAUCCAUGGAUUACAAAACCACAGCGAUCCUAGUCGCAGCCUCAAGCUCUACCAUCAUGUUGAUAAUCUUGUUCAUAUUAGUCAUUACGUUCGUAUGUCGUCGCCGUCCUGCAACCAAAGACCAACCUCCCCGGAAUCAUAACUUUCCCGAUCCGGUUCUUACCUCCUCCGACAUGGUAACGGAAAGCGCAAGCUUCGAUCCUUCAAUCUGUGAAAUAUCUAUGGCGGAACUUAUUAAAGCAACCAAAAACUUCUCAUCGGAUCUUAUCGUCGGCGACGGAAGUUUCGGUCUCGUUUACAGAGCUCAGCUCUUAAACGGCGUCGUAGUGGCGGUCAAAAAGCUCGAUCACGACGCUUUACAAGGAUUCCGAGAAUUCGCCGCAGAAAUGGAGACUCUUGGUCGUCUCAACCACCCGAACAUCGUUAGGAUUCUCGGUUAUUGUAUCUCGGGAUCAGAUCGGAUUCUCAUCUAUGAGUUCUUAGAGAACGGUAGUCUGGAUUAUUGGCUGCACGAGACUCAUGAAGAGAACAGUCCGCUGACUUGGUCAACGCGCGUGACUAUCACUCGCGAUGUGGCCAAGGGUUUAGCGUAUUUACAUGGACUACCGAAGCCGAUUAUACAUAGAGAUAUUAAAUCGAGUAACGUCUUGUUGGAUUCGAAUUUCGUGGCUCAUAUAGCCGAUUUCGGAUUGGCGCGUAGGAUGGAUGCGUCGAGGUCACAUGUCUCGACGCAAGUGGCGGGAACGAUGGGGUACAUGCCACCGGAGUAUUGGGAAGGGAAUACCGCGGCCACGGUUAAAGCUGAUGUUUAUAGUUUCGGUGUUUUGAUGUUGGAAUUGGCUACGCGGAGACGGCCGAAUUUGCCGGUUAUUGUUGAUCAUGAUAAGGAGGUUGGGUUGGCUCAAUGGGCUGUCAUCAUGGUGGAGCAAAAUAGGUUUUAUGAAAUGUUGGAUUUUGGAUGUGUUGUUGGUAGCAGCGACAAGGGAGUGGAAGAGUAUUUUAGGAUUGCUUGUCUUUGUAUAAAAGAGUCGACUAGAGAAAGGCCUACUAUGAAUCAAGUUGUGGAGCUGUUGGAAGAUUUGUGUCGGUUUAUCUAUGUAUAGCCGUUACUUCAUAGGUAGUUCGAACAAAAAUUUAAGUUCGUUAGAAAUUGUAAUAACAGGGUAAAUUAUUCUCACUGUAAAAGUUACUACAAAUUAAGGUCGCGUUUUCUAUUUAUUUAUGUUUUAGAAACUAGAGCUUACUUAAUAAAGGAGAAGCGUGGGACUCUCUGUUGUAUCAUGUUCCAAUUUAGACGUGUUAAAAACUCUGCUCUAUACUCAGAUGAGGUCGUAACCCCAUAUCCUUAUCAAGCUGCGGGGGUGGUAAUGCUUGCAGCGUAGAAGAGAAGAGACUAUGAUUGCUAAAGCUGUACAAGUGAAUAUUUAAUGUAAAUUUUGUGGUUA